CUAAAGCUGUCAAGAAAAAAAUUUACCAAUAAAAUAGAAUAUGCAGGGAGUUAUCAAUUUCAUUUAACAAUAUCAGUAAUAAUGGUUGCUGUACAAAGAUAGUGUCAUACAGGGAAUUGUCGAUUUCAUUUAACAAAUAUGCAAGCAGAUUCUGUAAAACAGGAUUUUAGUAAGUGAAUACAAUUGGUAUCAGUAUGCUCUCUUAAUGGAUACAAUGUUCCAUAUGUUACUGUCUGCAUUAAUGAAUACAAAAUGGCAAUUGCACACAUACCACAUAAAUCAUUGACUUUCUUUGCCAUGUCUUUUAUUUCCUUCUCCACUUUUUUUAUGCUCGCGGAAUAAGGUCCCAAACCCUGCAUAAACCAAAAUCUACUUAACACACCAGACAACCAAAUCAUAAAAAAUCAAGAGCAUUUAAUCAUUCACCAUCCAUACCACAGAGAGAACAACCACUAUGCAAUCGCUACUUAAGACAUACCUAGUACACUUCAUCAGUGAUCUUGGAAACUCUUAAAUAUAUGGAUUGAAAUUGUGGAGAAAAGUUUAAAAUUUGAAUAGCUAUGCUUUUUCUGAGACCCUCCUUCUCUCGAAACAGGGACCCCUUUUAAAUUGUGAGAUCCUAUCAGCUUGGGUUUGGGGAUCGGAAUGCGGCAUGGAGGAAUGGGAGAGUUGCUGGUGGUGGCGUCCAUCACCAAAACCCUAUCCUCUGCAACACCGAACCUCCCUCACUCUCUUGCGCUUCAAAUCACACAACCCAUAAUCCUCAAAAUCCUUUCCAACCCAUCCAUUAGCCCUUCCCAAAAACUCCAAUUCUUCGAAUGGGCUCGCACCCACCACACUCCUUCUCCCUCCGCAUACUCUCUCAUCUUCCGCGCCCUCUCUCGCCCCCCUUUUCUCUCUCACAUUCCCUCCCUUCUCCAUUCCAUCAAACAAGACGGCGUCGUUCUCGACCCCCACUCCUUCAAACACCUUCUCCACUCUCUCAUCCUCUCCCACCAUCUUCACUCCGCUCUUCAACUCGUAGACUAUGCACAACACCUUCACCUCUACCCUACUCUCACCCCUCUCAUCUACAAUUCCCUUCUCAUAGCCUUGCUUGGAAAGAACCAACUCUCACUCGCCCUCUCCAUGUUCUUCAAGCUCCUUGAUGCUGCGCCUCACGUUGAUUCCAAAUCCGUCGCUUACAACCACUUGUUGGUUGCCCUUAGAAAAGCCCACAUGGAAGCCGAGUUCAAACAAGUAUUUCACAGUCUCAGGGAGAAGAAAGGUUUUUCCUUUGACACAUGGGGUUAUAAUAUCUCUAUCUACGCGUUUGGUUGUUGGGGCGAUUUGGCUGCUUCCUUGGCCCUUUACAAAGAGAUGAAGGAUAAGGGUUUGGUUGCCCCCGAUUUGUGCACCUACAACACCCUCAUCACUGUGCUUUGCAAGCAUGGCAAGGUGGAGGAUGCACUCCUUGUGUGGGAGGAGCUGAACGGCUCACCUCAUCAACCUGACAACUUCACUUACACCAUCCUUAUUCAAGCUUGUUCUAAGACCUAUAGAAUAGAGGAUGCCACCAGAAUUUUUAGCCACAUGCAGGGCCACGGUUUCCGUUCUGAUACGCUUGUUUAUAACUCUUUGCUCCAUGGAUUCUUCAAGGCCACAAAGGUUUCUGAAGCCUGCCAGCUGUUUGAGAAAAUGGUUCAUGAAGGGGUGAAGGCGUCCUCUUGGACUUACAAUAUUCUGAUUCAUGGAUUGCUUAAGAAUGGGAGGGCGGAAGCUGCUUACACUCUGUUUUGUGAUCUCAAGAAGAAGGGCCAGUUUGUGGAUGGGAUUACUUACAGCAUUAUUGUGCUGCAGCUCUGUAAGGAGGGUCAAUUGGAGGAGGCACUGCAGUUGGUGGAGGAAAUGGAAAGCAGGGGUUUUGUUGUUGAUCUUGUUACCAUAACUUCGCUCUUGAUUAGCAUUCAUAAGCACGGUCGCUGGGACUGGACAGAAAGGCUUUUGAAGCAUGUCAGGGAAGGUGAUUUGGUGCUCAGUGUUCUCAAGUGGAAAGCUGGAAUGGAAGCUUCUAUCAAGAACCCUCCUUGCAAGAAAGAGGAUUAUUCCCCGUUGUUCCCUUCCAAGGGAGAUUUUAGUGACAUCUUGAGCUUCAUGAAUGCCAACCUUGAUCCUCAUGAUGGGGAGGAAAAUUUAUGCAAUGAAAUUGACGAGUGGUCAUCAUCUCCACACAUGGAUAAAUUGGCCAAUCAAGUUAGCUCCACUGGCUAUUCUUCACAGCUGUUUACUUCUUCCCGUGGACAGAGGGUUCAAGAAAAAGGGUCGGAUUCUUUUGAUAUUGACAUGGUGAAUACUUUCUUGUCUAUAUUUUUGGCCAAGGGAAAGUUAAGCAUGGCUUGCAAAUUGUUUGAGAUUUUCAGUGACACAGGUGUGGAUCCUGUAAGUUAUACUUACAAUUCUAUCAUGAGCUCUUUUGUUAAAAAGGGCUAUUUCACUGAGGCUUGGGCUAUUCUUACUGAAAUGGGAGAAAAGGUUUGCCCUGCGGAUAUAGCAACCUACAAUAUGAUAAUUCAAGGUUUGGGAAAGGAGGGAAGAGCAGAUCUUGCCAGUGCUGUUCUUGAUAGGCUAGUGAAGCAGGGUGGUUAUCUUGACAUUGUUAUGUACAACACUCUCAUCAAUGCUCUGGGGAAGGCCGGCCGAAUCGAUGAAGUGAACAAGUUCUUUGAACAAAUGAAGAGUAGUGGGAUAAAUCCUGAUGUUGUCACUUAUAACACAUUAAUUGAAGUUCAUAGUAAGGCAGGGCGAUUGAAAGAUGCUUAUAAGUUCUUGAAAAUGAUGCUGGAUGCUGGAUGCAACCCUAACCACGUUACAGACACUACUUUAGAUUAUCUAGGGCGGGAAAUUGAUAAAUUGAGAUAUCAAAAGGCAUCCAUUUUGAAAAACAUCCCCAAUUCCCAUAACAUCAUCUUCAUGUGA